AUGACUGUAAAUAAACAUUUCACCGAUCGGGGAAAGCUGAACAAGACCGACCCAGAAACUGCUGAGGCUAUUAGGAUUGUUUCAACAAUUGAGACUGUGGAUGCAGAGAUGUCAAGCGACAGAGCUGGCUCCAGUCUUCUCCGUGCUCUCAAAGCCAGUCGACAAGAGGCUGAAGAUGCCGAUCUUAGGCUUGCGCUCCACUUAUCCACUGCCUCAUCGGACACACAGGUCAAAGCUCGGACUAUUGAAGCUCCUAUUCUCCAGUCCCGUCCAGCAGGCUCCAUGAUCCGAACCGGACAACCCUCUUGCUCGUCAUCCGAUUUCUCUGGCCAAUCAUCGCACCUACUCAAUCAUUCGCCCGAAUCGGAUGCAGCUCAUUUACAGGAUUGUGUUGAUGAGGACGCAAACGAGGACCUCAUAAAAGCUAUUAGUAUGAGCCUCGAACAAAUGCCUAGCAAUUCAAACAGUUCAGGUUGUUCUUAG